ACUUAAUCUGUUGAAAUGUUUCAAAUUUUGAUUUUUUUAAAAUAUGUUUAGACAAGUAGAGGCACCCUGCUAGAUAAAUAAACAACCUAGAUCUAACCAUGGCAUGACCUGACCUAAUACUUAGUAAUACUAGACUCCAAACCUAGAUUCUAGAUCUAUUACUAUCAGAUCGAGUCUACUUAUUAUUAGAAGAGUGUAGAUAUAUUGACUGCUAGAAUGCGAUAAAGAAAAAAAAGGAAGCUAACAAAAAUGCAGUCACAUGCGUUAGAAAGCAUAUUUUUUAAACUUUAUUCAGAAACAUCAUUGGUGUAUUUGACUAAGUACUUAAAUGUAAUACCAAAAAUAAGAUCAAACCAAUGUCAUUGCCUUCACUUUCCAAAUAGAAAUAUAAUUCAGACUCGAAAGUAUGCGUCGCAUCGAGAUGCACCAAAAAGUUUUAGUAAAGCUGUUUCAGAUGCUGAAAAACUUGUUGGCUAUCCUACAUCGUUCCUUAGUCUCAGAUGCCUCUUGUCAGAUGAAGUUUCCAACAUAGCGUACCACAUGAGGAAGUUGGUAGGCACCAAACAUCCACUUCUUAAAACAGCAAGAGGAAUGGUCUUUGACGGAAAAAAUAAUCUUCAAAUUAGGGGACUCCUCGUAAUGCUAGUAUCAAAGGCUGCAGGUCCAAAUUCACAAGCACCUUACACAGAACAAGACAUGAUAAGUGGGGUUUACCCAAGUCAAAGAGCUCUUGCAGAGAUUACUGAGGUAAUUUAUACUGCCAGCCUGAUCCAUAAAGGUAUAGUCAAUCUGAAAGACAUUGUGCCAGAGGAUGGACCACUCAUAGAUAUGGAGUUUGGCAACAAGAUGGCUGUACUGAGUGGCGAUUAUUUAUUGUCAUCAGCUUGCAGUGGUCUAGCUAAGCUUGGGAAUCCUGAUGUUGUUGACCUUGUUGCUAGAGCUAUAGGUGACAUGAUGACAGCCGAGUUCACAGAGACAUUUGAGACAACAAAUACAUCUCAAAUCAGUACAAGAUUCACAGAUUGGUUGAAACAGACACGUUUGUCUUUAGGGAGUCUUCUAGCACACAGCUGCCGGUCAGCUAUGACAUUGGCAGGGCAUUCCAAAUAUUUAGAAGAAAUGGCAUUCUCCUUUGGGGAAAAUGUUAUCUAUGCUCAACAACUGUGUAAAGAAAUUACUUCAUUCACCAACCAAGAUGAGCAAACAUCCCAGUCACCAGGAUCUUUAGCUCCUGUUGUUCUAUUCAGAGAGUUGGCAUCAGAAGAUGAAAUGAGUUACUUAUUAAAUUAUAGUCCUGAUAGUGUUUAUAGUUAUAAUAAGCUUUUAAAUGUGGUCAGAAGAACUGGUGCCCUAGAGAAAUGUCAAGAUUUAUGUGUACAGUACAGAAACAAAGCUAUUGCUUCCCUUGAUUGCUUCAAGGAGUCAGAUGCUAAAUUAGCUCUUAUUAAUAUGGUUACUGCGAUUAGCAGUAUCAAAUGAAAUGCUUCAAAUAAACUAUUUCAAAAAUA